GAAUGUAGCCUUGGAGUGUUGACGCAUAAUAGCUGCAGCUAACGAAAGGAUAGACGGUGUUCAUGUAAAAAAAACGUCACAUUAAACUAGCAAAACACUUGGCUAACAUCCCGAGACGCAGUUAGGAAAGAUCCCCACCCUGUCUCACUCUUUCACUUUCUGCUUUUCGUCGCUACUUUCCAGUGUGUUGGUUUAGAAACCAUGAAGAAAGUAAAUAUUCCUCUUCACGGGCCUUCCCUCAACAUUGUGAGACGGUGUGGACCUGCUCUGACAGGCGUCCUCCAGAGUAAAUUUGGAUGUGAGGCCACCAUCGAAGGAGUGGAUUUUGAAAGCGAUGUGAGCUUUGGACAGCUGAGGCGACCACCUGUGGACCCGGUGAAAAAGUAUUCUUUUCUGCUGCGUGGAGGUGUUGAGUUGUCUGUGUGGAAGGCUGAUCUCACCAAUUUCAAGGUGGAUGCUGUGGUGAAUGCUGCGAAUGAGUUUCUUAAGCAUGGCGGCGGCCUUGCUUAUGCUCUGUCCAUUGCCGGUGGUUCUCGAAUCCAAAAAGAGAGUGACGAUUACAUCAACAAAUAUGGCCACUUGGGAACGGGAGAAGCAAUUGCCUUGGAUGCUGGUCGUCUACCAUGCAAGAAGAUAAUUCAUGCUGUGGGCCCUUGCCUAAUAAAAAGUCCCUCUAGGGCUGAUGUUAGUGGGGCUAAAUGGAAGUUGGAGAUGGCCAUAAAGAAUAUCCUCCACCAAGUUGAGAUACACCGUCUGCAGUCUGUUGCCAUUCCAGCUAUAAGCUCCGGACUGUUCAACUUCCCCCUGCCAGAAUGUGCAGAAACCAUCGUGGCAGCUGUGAAAAGCUACUAUGAAAGCUCUCAAUCUCAUCUUCCUCAAGAGAUCCGCCUUGCGAACCACGAUGAUAUCACUGUCAGUGAAAUGGAGAGGGCCUGCCUUCAAUUGUUAGGCCCCAGCUCCAGCUCAAGCUCCAGCAAAGGUGCGACCAGAUCUCAAACACCAGACGUCCAGAUUGGAAAGGUCCAUCUGACACUGAAAAAGGGUAAAAUUGAGGAACAGCUGACGGACGUCAUCGUAAACACUACAUCACCAGAACGUGACUUGAAGAGUGGGGAAAUCUCCAGAGCUUUAUUAGAGAGAGCUGGUUAUGACAUGCAAAAAGAAAUAUAUAAUGUCUCUUCUACUGGUCGUUUACUCAUCACAAACUCCCACAAACUGAAAUGUAAAAAGGUGUUUCAUACCGUUUGUCUUGGGAAGUGGACAUCCCAACAGAACGCAACACCAAAGCAGGUUCUUUUCGAUUCAGUAACUGACUGCUUACAGAACGCAGCGAAAGAAAGAUACAAGUCAAUCGCCUUUCCUGCCAUCGGCACCGGAAACCUCGGCUUUGAUAAAAAAGAAGUUGCUGCGAUCAUGACAAAAGCAGUGGUCAACUUCGCCUACAACAGCCAAACGGAUAUUGAUGUUAUGUUCAUCAUAUAUCCGACUGACGAUCAGACAUAUAAGGCUUUUGAGGAUCAAAUGGUAACUCUCCAGCAAAGACCACCUCGUCCACAGGAAACCGGUGCAAUGAUGUCUUCUCCACCGGAAUAUGGGCACAGAAAUGACUCCCACAGCAGCAGAGCACCCACCCCACAGAUCACUCUGGGUGGCCCCUCUGAAGAGCCAAUGCGCGAGGCUGAACGAUGGCUCAGCGGCCUUUUCUACAAGUCCUAUAGCCUUGUCAAUAUCAGCAACAACUUCAUCCAGCACUUCGGCGAGCGAGAACAUCUGCAGCUAUCCCGUCUAAUGGGAAAAGGCGUUGUUAUUGAGGAGUUUUUUGAGGGAGGUCAUGCUCGCAUAAGCGUAAUGGGGAAAUCAAGUGAGGAUGCCGUAGUGGCCGGGUUUCAGGUGGAGGCCAUGCUCUGCAACGUCCAGGAGGAGUUUGUAAGGGAUGAAGAGGAUGCCAUGUGCGAGGCUUUGGGCGAAAAGAGAGUGGACUUUGAAAGAAAGAAAGUUGAUUACUCGAGCAACGAAUUCUCAAACAGAUUAUCUGCCUUCAAAAAGGAAGGACUGUCGAUUGUGAAGGUGGACAAAGUGGUAAACCCUUCAUUGAAGAACAUUUCUGACCAGAAGGCAACACAGCUAGGCUGCUCAACUCAAAAAAUGUUCCAACUCAUCCCUGCACAAUUCUGUGAGAUGGUUUGCAAAAUUGGAUUCCAUGCAGAGUACGCACCACCUGGCGAGGCAGCAUACGGAGAAGGAAUCUACUUUGCGGGCACGGUGAAGAAGGCCAUGGAGGUCUGGAAGGAGCAGAAGGAGCAUCCAAAGGAGGAGUAUCUGUACUUCGUGGAAGCCGAGGUGCUGACAGGAAAAUCGACCCGUGGGAUACCUGGCCUCAUCCUGCCUCCUCCUGUGAGGGAAGAUCCUCUUCUUCUGCAUGACAGCGUGAGCGGAGAAUCUGAUGUCUCCGUCAUCUUUAGUGGUUAUCAAGCCCUGCCCACGUACAUCAUCACCUGUAAGAGGUACUGAGGGAGUUUCUGUAGUCUAUCUGCCAGCUCAAAGAGUCCUGUUGUGAAACUGGAAAUGUUUAGUUCCCCAAAGUCAGAAAUGUAAAGCACGGGUCCUCCGCACAUAGAAACUGCCGGAUGCUAACUUCAAUAUGUUGGGCAAUUUGCACAAAUAGCAUAUGCAGACAAUAGCUGAAAAAUGGCUUGGUUGAUUUAGACAAUUUUGGUGUGAUUUAGAGGUUAUUGAGAAUGUUGAAACUAUUUCUAAGAUUUAAAAUUGCUGUUUUGAAUCCCCUAAAACUUUUAAAUAUACCCAAAAUGUAUCGAAUAUGGCCACUUCUUAGUUAAAACUGCCAUUUUUUUAAUCCUGAAAAUGUCAAAAAUCUAUUCAACAUCCUCAAUAACCCCCUAAACAACUCAAAAAUUGUCAUAAUCGUCUGAGCCAUUUUUUUGCUAUUGGUUGCAUAUGCUUAUUAAUGCAAAGCACCCAUACUAUACAUUUCUACCAAUUAAACUUUGAGGUACUCAACAUUUCCAGGUUCACAAUGCUGGCAAGUACACUACCACUGUGUCAAAUGGAACAAAUAAUAAAAUGCUUCCAGUUUGGACGUUCCUUUUUCUAAAGCAAGCCUAAGUGCAUUCUUGAUGAAUGAAUUUCCUGUUAGAGGGAAAUGGCUGUUUGCAUUACUUAUCAGCUAAAUCCUUAGUAUCAAGUUUAUUUUUUCAUUAGGCUUGUCUGUCACUGGGUGAUUAAGAUAUAUUUAGCAGCACUAUCACUUGUAUAUCAGAGAUUGUCUUUUUGAAAUUGCACUUAUAGCGAAAGUAUAUUUCUUUUUGAUCAGUCAUUUGUUUAGUAGCGCCACAUGAAGCUCUAUAUGCAAACACAUUGACAGUGAUUGACAUACACAUUUAUUCUGGAAGGAAAGGGAAUAAUAAUGUAACACUGAAUAUAACAGGUGAAAAGCUUUGUUCUACAAAUUCAUGGUUGUAAAUGUUAAUUAAACAAUAACAUGGGAAUUGUUGCUGGUGUGUUGGAGCACAUGGGGUAGCUGGUAAAGAGUUCCUGUUUGUGAUUCAAAUAUUAAAAAAUGUUUUCAUUUA